GUGUUGGAGGUUGUCAUUCAUCUGCCUUGUUAGCCAUUAUACUUUUCGCUGAAAACCAGUUGUUCCGAAGAGCUUAGACAAUUUCCUUUUUCCACUGUGAUGAUCCAUCCUCUGGACAGGACCUCUUGAUUGGAAACUUGUUGCAAUCAUCUGAUGAUCAUGAUCAGCCUGAGUGAUUGUUAGUGGAAGACCUCAGUCCUCUAGGCUUGCCCAGAUCUCACUGUCAGAGGUGUAUAGGAAGCACCACAGCUUUAUAGAGUGCUUGCUUUGUUUUUCUUGACGUCCAGACCUUCUCCAACAUCUAUUUGGCUGUAGCUCCAGAGCUGACGCCACCUAGAAAUGCAAGUUUGUGUUGGAUGACCAUGGUUUUUGGUUGACAACAGGCACCAUUUCUUGCAUCAAGUGUUUAGGGAGUGAGUGACAGGCUGGACGAUGAUGCACCAACUGGAGGGUGGUGGUCGGUCUUAUUCCUGGGGUUCCUAGUCGUGAUCAGUUGACCUAUAGAAAAAAAUAGCGAGUGGAGACAUCUUUUAAGUAUUCGAGAUAUGGACAUUGCUUUUAUUUUUAAUGUAUGAAAGGACGAGCAUCUCACCUUGCAGUUGCUAUGGUAGCGAGAAGUGUAGUGUUACUUUCUUUGGUAAGUAAUUGAUUAACAUACUCCAUUACUUUCAGGAAAAGUAAUCAGUAAUACAUCAAAUCAGUAUUUGUCUACAUGAUUUAUAACCCUCCAUUUCACAAUCUCAUUGUAGGCAAACACUUUGGAAUCCAAAGAAAAUGUAGUGAUCAACUUUUAAAUUUUUUAUUUAUUUUUUUAUUUAUUAACUAUACCUUGAAUCUAUUGAAUGUGGUCGCCAUUGUUAGUCCAGCAGGUUCAGUUGCCAACUUGUUCCAACUGUGCUAAACAUACUGUUAAAAGCCAUGGGUGUUGGUCUGCCUACAACACUCAAUGGCGUCCAGCGGCUGACUGUCGGAGUGGUGUGUCGGGGUCCUCGGCGUACUGUCGGAUGCUCAGGCCCUGUAAUCCUCCUCAAACAAUAGUGGAUGUGAGAAUAGAAGGGAGGUUAAGCCCUGUAGGUAUUUUGUUACCAUGUGCUCGGGCAUUUAAAUGCACAGAGGGAUAGUUGUGUUUUGCCACUCACUCGAACUGGAGAUUCAUUUGUAUUCGCUACCAAUUAUGAAAGGUUUUUUCUGCUGCAUAUUAAUUUUCUUUUUUGUAAGUUGGCAUAAAAGCGUACGUAGAGAAUGUACAUAUCCAUUUUCUCUGCCCCUUCUCUCGUUCUGCCAUUUGGACCUUCACAUCACUAUUCCUUUACAUCUCUGACACUGUGUUUGUGUGGUGCACGGUUUAAUUAAAAACCAUCGCAUCCUGCUGCUGCUUCUCUUUCAUAGCUUCAUGUGAAAACACAUGCACUAGACUUCAAAGUGCAUCCCUCACUGAUUAAGUGAAUUCUUGUUUAAAUGCAUGUGUCACACAUACUGACGUUGGACAGCUGUGUCGCCUCCUGAAAUAUCCUCAGCCUCUUUGCUGACAAAGUUACUGACAUUCCCUAACAUUGCGGUUCAGGGAUGAACCAGAGAAGGUUGGUGUAAAACAAAUCCUUCCUUCCACAGGCAUGUUGACAUCUGAUUCCAAUAAAGAUAUCUGUUUUUUUUGUCGUAUGCUGACAAUUUUCGUGUGUUCAAGUUAAAUGGGCUAAAUGAUGAUGUAGGCCACAGAGGUGGGAGGACCAGGAGGGGCUCAGAGAAUGACUACAAUGAGGAAGUUCCCUGGAUACACGUGCUGCAACAGACGACUCUUGGUACACAUUCCACCACAGAGGGGUCAUGAGAGCAGAUUCCACGGUGCCUGUCUGAGGGGGGAGAGGCUGCUGGGUCCAUCCUCUUUUCAGGCCCCGACAGCAGCUGCUCUGCCUGGCUUGGGCGCAACAGUGACCUCACACCCCGGAGAUAUUUUAAAGGGUGCCAGUCAGCACGGGGAUGAGCUCUGACUAGGUAGGAGCUCGACAAGUGCAGUUUUAACACAUCUGCUGCACAAUGUUCGAGAGAUCCGAGGGAAAUCCAACAGUGGUGUAAGAAAAAGUAUCUACUUGCAAGUUGGUCGGUUUUCAGAGCCCCUUAGUGGGAAAUGAUCCGUUAGACAGCUCUUUCUUUCCUUUUCUGUUUCUUGUUUCUUGCAAUGCUGCGGCAUUGCCCUAUUCCCCGUUUCUCGUCAUCUGGCACUCAGAGAAAGAUGCCGAAUGUUUCCUGUAACAAAGACAAGACUCUACACGUCCCGCCAGAGAGCCAGGCACUCAACCCGGCUGAUUCUAAAGACAUCGCCACGGAAUCACUACCUCCUCAGAAAGUACUGAAGAUAUUCAGCAUCAACAUCAUUGCUCAGGGUUUGCCUUUCUAUCGUAGACGGAUGAAGAGAAAGUUGGACCAUGGUCCCGAGGUCCGAUCUUUCCCUUCAGGAAAAAAGCCCUGCAAAGGUCCAGAGUAUCCGAGCCCGACGGGAAUUGUCCCAUGUCCGGCCACACCCACCACAUUUGGCCACAUCAGAGCAGCCAAUGGUCAGGGGCAACAGAGACGACGUAUCACCUCAAUCCAGCCACCCACGGGUCUCCAGGAAUGGCUCCGAACAUUUCAGAGCUGGACUGGCCCAGAGAAGCUGCUGGCGCUGGAUGAGUUGAUUGACAGCUGUGAGCCCACACAAGUAAAGCAUAUGAUGCAGGUGAUCGAGCCGCAGUUUCAGCGAGACUUCAUCUCCCUGCUGCCCAAAGAACUGGCUUUAUACGUGCUGUCAUUCCUGGAACCGAAGGACCUCCUCCAAGCAGCACAGACGUGUCGCUACUGGCGCAUCCUUGCAGAAGACAACCUGCUGUGGAGGGAGAAAUGCAGGGAAGAGGGUAUCGAUGAGCCCCUUACCCUGAAGAAGAGAAAAAUUGUCAAGCCUGGCUUCACUCACAGCCCCUGGAAGAGUGCCUACAUCAGGCAGCACAGAAUAGACACUAACUGGAGGAGAGGGGACCUCAAAUCACCUAAGGUGCUCAAAGGCCACGAUGACCAUGUGAUCACCUGCCUCCAGUUCUGUGGCAAUCGCAUCGUCAGCGGCUCUGACGACAACACGCUGAAAGUCUGGUCAGCUAUCACAGGAAAGUGUCUGCGGACAUUGGUGGGCCACACAGGGGGCGUGUGGUCAUCCCAGAUGCGAGACAACAUUAUCAUCAGCGGCUCGACUGAUCGCACACUCAAGGUCUGGAACGCAGAGACGGGAGAAUGUAUCCACACCCUCUAUGGGCAUACCUCAACAGUGCGCUGCAUGCACCUACAUGAGAAAAGGGUGGUCAGUGGAUCUCGUGAUGCCACGCUGCGCGUCUGGGACAUUGAUUCAGGUCAGUGUUUACACGUCCUCAUGGGCCACGUGGCGGCAGUGCGCUGCGUCCAGUAUGACGGGCGACGGGUGGUCAGCGGUGCCUACGACUUCAUGGUGAAAGUUUGGGACCCCGAGAUGGAGACCUGCCUCCACACGCUGCAAGGCCACACAAACAGAGUGUACUCAUUACAGUUCGACGGGAUUCACGUCGUGAGCGGCUCAUUGGAUACGUCUAUAAGGGUCUGGGACGUGGAGACGGGCAACUGCAUCCACACGCUAACGGGGCACCAGUCCCUCACCAGUGGCAUGGAGCUCAAAGACAACAUCCUGGUCUCAGGCAAUGCAGACUCCACUGUCAAGAUCUGGGAUAUCAAGACUGGCCAGUGCCUCCAAACACUGCAAGGUCCUCACAAGCACCAGAGCGCCGUGACGUGCCUCCAGUUCAACAAGAACUUUGUCAUCACCAGCUCGGACGAUGGCACGGUCAAACUGUGGGACUUGAAGACUGGCGAGUUCAUCCGUAACCUGGUGACUCUGGAAAGUGGCGGAAGCGGCGGUGUGGUGUGGCGCAUCCGGGCCUCCAACACCAAGCUGGUGUGCGCGGUUGGUAGCCGCAACGGCACAGAGGAGACCAAGCUGCUGGUCCUGGACUUUGACGUAGAUAUGAAGUGAGAGGGAGCGCGGUGGGGAAGGACGAAGAGAGCGAACCGCACAGGAAGGAGUAGAGAGGGAAUGGGAGACGAGGAAACCUGGAAACUGGAGAGCCAACAUCCAAAUGCUAGAACCACAACCACCAACAGUGGG